AUGGAUAUCGACACAAAAAUUAAGGCGUACCGUCUUGUCGGUUACGCAGCGAUUUCGUUCUCGGCCGUUGCCAUACUGUCGAUAUGCGUCACGCUACCGAUGGUAUACAACUAUGUCAGCCAUGUUCGCGACAGAAUGAACCUGGAAAUGACGGAGUGCCAGGAAUCGGUGAAAUCCGUAUGGUCUGAUGUUAGCAGAAUCCGUGAUAUCCCGGCUGGAAAUCGUACCGCCCGUCAGACUGGAGGAUACGACACUGGUUUUAAUGAUGCUGGCGACUCGUGCCAAGGAUGCUGCCUUCCCGGAGCAGCUGGCCCUCAAGGUGCACCUGGCAGACCUGGACGUCCAGGAAAGCCCGGAGCUGCUGGACAGCCAGGAAAUCCUGGCCGUCCACCACCGAGACCAUGCUAUGACGUCACUCGGCCACCAUGCAAACCUUGCCCAGCAGGAGCGAAUGGAAACCCAGGUGCACCUGGUUUGCCUGGCGAUAAUGGAGCGCCUGGAGGACCUGGACCUAAAGGUAUGGAUGGAUCUCCUGGCGGACCUGGACCUAAGGGACCAACUGGGCCCCCAGGAGGCCCUGGAAAAACGGGAGCGCCCGGACAACCUGGUCGUCCAGCUAUUGUCGCCCCAGUAAGCAUUCCAAGUCCCGGCCAGAAGGGAGCACCAGGACCACCUGGACCUCAAGGAUCAGCUGGACAGCCUGGAGACGAUGGAAAACCAGGAUCACCUGGACAGAAAGGACCACCUGGACAAAACGGACGGCCCGGUAGUGACGGAAAUCCUGGCACUCCUGGAAGACCAGGAAACGACGGAAAACCAGGAGAGAAGGGCAUCUGCCCCAAAUACUGCGCUAUCGACGGUGGUGUGUUCUUCGAGGAUGGAACUCGUCGUUAA